AUGGCACCGCUCGCCAUCACUGACGCUCGAUAUCUCUUCGAAGAAGGGUUCUUAUAUGCCGGCCAUCUCGACUCCGUUCUAGCCUGUGCUUCUACUGGUGGCUCGUCUAUCGAAAUAUCUUCGAAGCUUUCAGAAUUACCUGGUGUCGUCAUCCAAGCUCGGGUCCUGGAUUCACGGACUUGGUCGUUUAUAGACUUUGGUCGCUAUCUAAUCUUAUCUGAUGGACGCCCAUCGAUUUUCCACACGUUUCUGCCGGACCAUGACACAGCCCGACCAUUGCUGGCCAACAUCAAGCCAUGUCUGUCCGACCCGGACGUGCACUGCCUAUAUACCUCAUGCAUCAUCCCAAAAUUCAGUCUACCUGUCGAUUCGUCCACCACUUCGCCCGCUGCGGGAAGGAAUGCUGCCGCCAACGAACAUACUACACGCUUAAAUCACGUCUUUAAUGGGCUCAGGAGCGAAAGGCAAGGGCAAGGAGAAGGAACCGCGCGAGAGGAAGAAACCAGGCAGAGUGCCUACUUCCUGCGCGGAAUGCAGACGACUGAAAUUGCGCUGCGAUCGCAAUGUUCCAUGCGAAAAAUGCGUAUCCCGAGGGUGUGGUUCGAUCUGUCCGGACGGCUCUCUCACUCCAGGCAAGGGAGGCCGUCUCAUCCUGGCCAACACGGAGCAGCUUCACGAACAGAUCGAGCUCCAAUAACCCACGCGCCUGAGCCGAUUGAAGCGAGGUUGGAAGAGGACCACGGUAUUAUCGAUGCUUUUGGCACUAUGGCCAUCAACCGCCGAGGAUGUUCUGCAUUUCUAGGGAGAACAGCACGUCCUGAGUUUCUGCUCAACGCGACUCCCAAAUCACAGCGAGUGGCCUUCCCAACUGCGCCUCGAAUAUCAAAGAGGAUCAUGGAGCUUUCGUUUCCAGAGUCCCAGAUCCCGGAUGCGAGCCUCGUUACGGAGAUGCUCGAGUUGCUUCCAUCGCAAUCCGACGGGCUCCAUCUUUGUGAUGUCUACCUGGAGCAUGGAAAGUUCGUCUAUACCGCUCUUCCUCGGAAGGAGCUCCUUGAUGACAUCUUCGCUGUCUACCGAACCAAACACCUCCCGAAUUUCGAGCACUUCCAUGCCCUCUCGCUACUCUUUAUCGUCUUCGCUCUCGCGACCCUCUUCGACCCCAGCUCUCCGCCUUACGCCCCCGAAGGACACGAAUAUUUCUAUCUUUCACGCGCUGCCUUCAACCAUAUCGGGAAACGACACUAA